UACGGUUUCGGUACACGCCCGUGCGACCUGCCAUACUUAACCGGUGGCUCCCUCGUUUUCCACCCUCCGUGGCAUUACCCCAUCUAGGCUCCGCAACCGCCUACUUUCUUAAUAACUACGGCCACAAUUUCCGCUGGGAUGAUCUAAACAGCCCUUACCAAAGCAACCACCCGUCGAUACCAUACGUCACCAAGAAUCCGACCUGACUGGCAUCCAAUAUAAACACCAACCCAUCCGACCAGAAAUGUCCGCCCAGAGGGAUCCGCCUCCCAACGAGGGCAAUAAAGAGGGAUUGUCCAAAUAUGUCAAGCGCAUGAAGAUGGUUUGGAGGAGGACCUCGAUGGUCAAGCCUCCCUCUGCGCCAGUCAUGCAGAAAUCGGGAGAACCCGAGUCAAGCCGGCCUGCUCCUGAAGCUACCCCGCAGAUUCCCGUUAGCAAAGCUACUCCCGACGCGACCGUUUUCACCAACUGGGGCACCGUUCAGGAAGAGAAGGCACGGGCUUUAUUCGCCAAAUACGGAUUGACCCUGGAACCCGGAGAAUGGAGAUCGCCCACCGGCACCACCGUGCAGCGUGUCGUUAGACCGAUUCGGAUGCGAGUGCGCCGGACCUGCCACCGCUGCCAGACCACAUUCGGCCCCGACAAAGUCUGUGUCAACUGCCAACAUGUCCGUUGCAAGAGCUGCCCUCAAUAUCCCCCUGCAAAGUCCAACGACCACCGGGAUGACACCCAAGCGGCACUCCAGGCCAUUGUCGCGCAGAAAAUGCAGAGAACGGCCCCGGUGCCGCGCAAAGUCAAGGAACCUCUCACCAUGCCCUCGCGCACUGGCGGCCAGGAUGUUGUCCAUCAACCACCCCGACAGAGAAUUCGACGUACAUGCCAUCGAUGUAGUACUGUGUUCGGUCCGGAUGCUACAGAAUGCACUGCUUGCCAGCAUAUUCGGUGCACGAUGUGCCCUCGCGAACCAUCCAAACCCAACAAAUAUCCGCAUGGUUAUCCUGGGGAUGCCAAUGCUCCCGCAGAACCUCCCGCACGGACCUGGAAGAAGCCCCGACAGCGCGUACGGUAUACGUGCCACAGGUGUUCGACAUUGUACCGAUCGGGGGAGCGAGAGUGCUCUAAUUGUGGGCAAGAAAAGGGACCUGAGUCGAUACGAGACCCACCUCGCCGAGACAAGCCGAAACCGGACCCGGAGUUAGUUCGACGGGUUGAAGAGCGAUUGGCAAAAGUGAGGAUCAGUACUGGGUAGAUAGUUGCUGGUUACAAUGAAUCUAUCAUGCAGCAAGUUGGCAGGACGAGUACCAACGUUGCGUCUGUUACGUGCAUUAGCAGUCCAGACCACUGCCAGUCUCAAGUGCCACAGACUGGAGAUGCAACGGUGGUUGGCGACAUCGUUCAAACCAUGAUGUUACUUUGUGACACCAGUAUGG